AUAAUAUUAUAAACCCCUCCGAAAAUUGUUGCACCGCUGCCGGCAAACACAAAAUAAUCAACAGCGUUCGAACGUAAUAUUAUCACUUGAAAUCACACGAGUCCACCGUGCAGGACGGGUGUCGUAGCCGUUGGUCGAGCGGAUCGCCCAGCCUCUCUGUUGUUCACGGGUGUUCACUUAUUCCGAUCGACCCUGGCACCGCGUGGCCGGGUUGGUAUUCGAUGUGACGUCGUCGGCCGGAUCCGGAACCUGUUCUUGCUGUCCACCAGCAAUAUUAGUCGCGACGGAACUACCGCGAGUGCCGCCGUGUUCGUGCAAAUCGUCGGCUAGCACUGGCUGCCGUAUUGUUACGACGUACGGCUAACCGGCGGCGCGAGACGAUGACAAAGUGCCGGGCCAACCGGUGACCGGCGACCGCGUACUGUGCGGUUAUUGAGCAGUUGGCACACACUACGCGAAGUCUGUACGAUUGUGAUGUUCGCGUUGCAGAGAAUAAUAUAAUAAUUUAAAUUCGUGGAGACAAAAUAAUAUUAUGCGCCUGGAAAAUCAAGUGGCCUUGGUGACCGGUGCAGCAUCGGAUAUUGGGUACGCUUACGUAAAAUGUUUACUUCUGAACAGAGUUAAGGUGUUACUCUGUGAUGUCAAUGUCGACGAAUGUCAAGCUAUAGCACAUCAGUUUCUAAAUGAGUUCCAAAACAUCAAUAUAUUCUCGACCAAAUGCGAUGUCACUAAUAAAGACGAAUUCGAAAAUGCUUUUAAAACGUGUAUCAAACAUUUUGGUCGAUUGGACAUUGUUAUUAACAACGCUGGCGUUUUCGACAAUUCAAUUGAACGAAAAUGGUCUGCCACAGUCAAAAUUAAUUACGGCGGAGUCGUCAGAGGUACAUUACUGGCGAUUAAGUACAUGGGAAUUCCCAAUGGAGGUAGUGGCGGAACGGUAAUACAGACGUCUUCCUUGUUGGCUUUCAGCGACAAUUAUCAUUGUAAUCCCAUGUACCUGUCUACGAAAAAAUAUUUGAUGGAAUUUACGAAAAGUUUUGGAGGAAAAAAUCAUUUCAGUCGGCAUGGCGUUAAAAUCAUUACCUUGUGCCCGGAGUUUGCUGCCACUAAUUGUGUAAGGUCGGUCUGUAAAAACGAAACGCCGCACGAAAACGAACAACGUGUCGAGAAUGUCGAAGAUUUAAAAAAUAAUCAACAGAGUACGAAAAUUCAAAAGCCAGACAAUGUUGGGAACGCUUUGAUUACAAUUUUGGAACAUGGAAAAACUGGAGAAACUUGGAUUGUCGAAGACAACAAACCACCACGACUAGUUGAAUAAUAAGUAACAGAAAUAUUCAAUAAUAAUAGUACUAUUAUUGUAUUUAUUGUCUCAAUAACGAUAGAAAAAAAAAAACGUUGUAUCUAAGGUUUUUAAUUUAAGUCAGUACUUUUUAUUUUGUAUUAUUGAGGUAAAGGAAAUUCAAGUUGGUGUAAAUUAUAAUUGUAUAUUUGUACCAUAUAUAUUUAUUUUGUCUUUGAAGUAAGCGAAAUAAGUAAAAUAAGUAAAACUAUACAAAUGUUA